UUUCCAGUUGUCUUUCCAGGAGCCUUCUUCCGAGUAUAACAUCAUGAAUAGCAUUGAACAAUCAUGUGUCUGAACAACGCAGAUCUAGGAAUUUUGUCAUGCAAAGCUGGAAAGCCACGUGCGUCCAACGCUAUGGGAACGGGCCUCACCAUCAGACGAUUUUGGGGCACAGUGCAACAGUAACACUCGAAGCUCCCCACUGACCAGGAACCUAGCAGGUCUCAAAGCACAGGCUCUUCGGCCUUGCCAACGGAGCCUGCGCCAUGCAAGUAGUCGUCUUUGAUGGGCACAGCAACCACUGUGCUUGUAGACCUCGAAAGCCUCCAUGAUGCCCAACGUCUCUUAUACGUGGUUCAUCUUCACUCUGUGGCCUCAAACACUCACCACUCGCAUAACCGAUUUACCAACGCAAUGCCCAACCUCCAGUCCCCGUCCAAUCCCACAAGCUACCGCAGAACAGGUUGGCAAAUCGCCCUCAUGCUCCUCAUGGGCAUAAACUACCUCAUGGAUCACGACCCGCGUCACGUCCAGUACAGCAAAGACCAGCGAGCCAAGCGCAAGGCCGAGAAGCAGCGUUACAAAGCUGGAUUUGUGGUGGAACUGCCGGAUGACGAGGACAUGAACGGUGAGCGUGUCGACCCCAACGCAACUCGCGAGGACUUGCGACCGCACAGUCCUUGCUGUCACCCACCUCCGGUAUCUCAAAACGGCAAAGAAGCGUGGCCGUGUCCUCGUGGCGCCUCUCACCGCAACCCUCGCCCGAACAGAUCUUAUGCGAAGGCACCCUCGAGGCAUGUUCCAAAGCCAGCUGAUAGAUCGCAAAUGCGGGAUGCGUGGACGAGGAUGAGGGCUGUCACUAAGGCGCUGUACGAGUUCGUCAAGAGGGUUGACCGCAGGAAGAAGAGGGUGAGGUUCAAGAAGGAUGUGCAAUGUUUUGUGCUCGAUGGGGACGAGGACGAGCACGGUGGGGACUACGGCGAGAACAUGUAUGGGCGGCUUUGAGGCGGUGUCAAAGAGGUGUGCCAUGCAAGGCAAACGUUUGCUGGACAUGGCUUCUACUUGUGGAAAUCUUGUGAGGAGGGGAUGGAGGUGCACUAGCACAUGCAUGUAUAUUCCGAA